AUGCACCCUGCAAAGGUGAUCCAAGUGACCGUCACCAUCGCCAGCAAACAUCUCUCGACACCCAGACUGCACAGUGGCAUCUUUUGCUUCGAGUCUUGGCCAAUCAUGGCACCGCGGAAGCUGACCUCAGCAAUUGGCACCGGUGACUCCUGCUCAGUUGGUUCAGUAAAGCCCCGGGUACAUGAGCAUGGUUAUCCUGGGUUUGCUUCUGCCGCAAGUCUGCAUGUUCAUUCAUGUCAUCAGCAGGUUGUCUCUGUGGGAGGCGGUCAAUCGAAGUCAUGUAAACCUCGUGACAGGGUGCUAUCGGCUGGGAUCGUCCAAACGGCUUGCUCACCCACCCGCUCUUGUUGCCGAUCUACAUCUCUCUCUCUCUCUCUCUCCUCGCUUGCUCGCUCUCGCCACACACUCUCCUCGUUUCUCUUUCUGGAGUUCUAUGUCAAUGUCCUUGUGUAG